UUACUUCAAAUGUACCGCUUCUUUUCUGGCGCCGCUUUGUUUUUUGUUUAUUAAAAAACGAAAUUAGCAUAAAGCUGAAUGUGCAAACAUGUCGCACGCCGUAGUGAACGAAGAAACAUUGGAGAGGCUGGUGUACGAGCGCUCCAAAAUCUGGGCGAACUUGAUACAGCACUUCAUGGAAAUCGACGAUGGCGAAGAGCUUGAUGUGGAGGAUUUUGAGGAUCUGUUUAAAGGCGAAGACAUAGACCCCGAUGUGCCGGAGGGUGAGGAGGCGGAAGAAGAUGCCCGGCAGGAAGAGGACCUGGGCAUGGGGAACAUUAAUACAACAAUAGCCAUGAGCAAGGCGGAGCUGACGAUGAUUUUGUGCGCUGGAGAGAACAAAGCUGAAACGGCCGAACUAGAGGAGAUUCUCAAUCAAACGAUGCCGGUUCUCCAGGAGCACAAUCGCAAGUGGAAGGCAGCUGGACUAGAUCAAAUACUUGACACCUUCGAUCCGCAAAAGAUCGAACAACAAGUGGGCCAAUGGAUGCGCCGCAACAACAGUAUCUAUCUGGAGGAGGAGAAUUCCCGAAUGUACGAUUACAGGCAUGAACAUUCCCAUUCCGUUGAAAGCGACAACUACCUAGUUCAGACUCCCAGACGCAAUGCACCCAACCCCAAGAUGUCCAACGGGUCGACCAUUAAAAUGUAUCGCACUCAUCCACGCAGGCGUGCUGACGAGCUGUGUGGCAAGUACGCAUAUGACGAGCAAGAGCACCGCCGUCACAUGCAGGUUGUGCUGCAACGCCGUCGUGAGAGGAAGCGGAAACUGGCCAACGUAGCCAGCACUUCCCUGCACCGUUCCUACAGCAACCGCUGCCAUCACUUGUAUCUGCGUAAGCGACGCCCCGAUUCUUCGUUGUUCGGGUCGCCAUCGAGCGGGGAAGAUGCCGCCUUAGCCGGCUGCGAUUGCAAAUCUUGCCAGAGACUUUUGCUAACCAAAAGCGCAUAUGAAUACUGUGCAUACCGCGGCCGGCGAGAUUAUUAUCACCAAUCAGCAUCAUCACGCUCCAUGCUAUGCUUGCGACAUCCACACAGCUUUCGGGAGGAGCUGGACCUGCGGCCACGACUCUUGAAAAACGAAUGCAGGUGCUGCGACAGCUACAGUCUGUGCACUGACGUGGUGCACAUUGCCAACAGCUCGACAGAGGAAUGGGUUGUGAAUAAUUGCAACCGUCCCGUACUUAUGGAGACGCCAACCAAAUGCAGCAAUCGUCUGCAAACCUGCAGAGAGAAACAUUUAAGGCUGCUAAAAGCACCACAAAGCGUUCGCUCGAAGUGCAGCCGUGACCUUGCCAUGCGUGAAACUCCGCAUAGAGUGACCAGAAAGGCAACUUCCGCUGGAGCAUCAUAUACUCCAGGGCGUGAGCGGACCAGGCAAAUGGCUAGAAAUGUAAUGGACAGCGACACUUCCGAUGAAGACGAGCGAAUGGAGCGCAGGAAGCCAGCAAUCUCAUCUGUAGAAAAGGCGCCCAAAAAAAAAGCCAAAUCAAGAAGACUGCCUCCAAUCAGCGAAAAUGUGGCCAAGACAAAGGCUGAAGAGCAUCGCCACGAGCUUCAGGUGAUGGAAACGGAUUCUUCGGAUGACAACGAACUCACAGGUAGAAGCCGUUUAAUGAGUUUCUCGGAGCGAAAACAGAAAACGGUGGCCAAAAAUAAAAAAGCGGUGAAAACACCAAGCAAGCCAAUGUCGGCUGUGAAAGAGACACCAAUGAAGAAAACUGUGGUGUCCGGACAUACAAAGAAUUUGCCUGCAAUCGGGGAAGACGAGGCAAAUGCAAAAGAAUCCUCAACUUUGCCGGUAACCUUCAACGAAGAAGUGGCCAAGCCUGUGAAGGGAGUGACGCCAGAUGUAAACAAGAUGAGCCAAACAUUCGCUAAGAUUUGCAUAAAUUAUCAAAGUGAGCGGCCAGUUCCCAACUCUGGUGCAUGUUCCAAGAAGAUUGUAGCAACAGAAUCAUCCGUGAGACCCAAAACUGCUGCCAAGAAGAAACCAAAUACGAAAUCUGCUUCAAGUUUGCCUCAAAUCAGCGAAGAAGCAACAGAUUUCCAAUGCACAUCCAACAAAGAAACGGCAAAGAAAGCAAUUGUAAAACCAAAAACAAGCGCCACUCCAGCCAGUUCUCGCAGCCCCUAUUAAUGGCCACCGAGCACGUCAACAAGUAAGAGCAAUUCGAAGAAACUAAAUGAAAGGGAUGCGGAAAUAAACCGACCAGACCAGAGGUCA